GUGACUAUCAUUGUGCAAAAUCCCCAAUAGAUUGACAUUUAUUAUUGUAUGUAAAUAUAGCGACACGUGUGGUGUGUGUUUGUUUGGAAUAUUUUAUAGUUUUUUUCGAAUAAAAAUGGUGAUUGUGGAAAAAAGUUUUCCAAGAGGAGGCACAUCAAAUGCCGCCAAAAAGGCAAUCAAAGAGAAUAUCAUAUUUGGAGCUGUUCAGAAAAGGACUAAGAAGCGUAAAACCCAUGGAAGUGGAGAUAUUAAUAACGCGGAAAAUGGGAAUUUGGAAACAUUUUCAGCAGAGCUGUUGAAUUAUGAUACCAUCCAAGAGGGAAUGCUUAUCAUGGGCGUUGUCAAGCAAGUAGAUCAGCUUCAUCUUAAACUGUCACUGCCGGGUCGCAUAACAGCAAAAGUCUCAACUUUGGAAAUUUCUGAAGCAUACACUAAAUCAUUGCAAAGAUUAGUUAGUAAUUCUCAGCCAGAUGACGGAGUCAAGUCACUUCCAGAUCUAUAUAGAAUCGGGCAAGUUGUGUACGGCAAAGUUCAAGAAUUAAAACGCAGCGACACGGGACGCGUUUGGAUUAUGAUGACGCUUAAACCAAGCAAUGUUCAUUCUGAACUUCGUCACAGCAACAUACGUAAGGACUUUAGUUUCAGCGGUGCUAUAGAGGAAGUCCAAGAACACGGCUAUAUAAUUGAAUCGGGCAUUAAAAAUUUGCGUUGCUUUCUACCAUUUGAGAAUUCGCAGAAAGAACAUGUCACAGGGCAACAUGUACUACUUAAAGUAAAAAAAAUGACUUCAAAUAAAAAUGCUUCCACUUGCAUAUGUAAGGAACUGUUAAUUGAAGAAGUAAAAAUUAAGGAGCAACGAGAUUGUAACUUAGAUUACUUAAUGCCUUCCAUGAUCGUGCAAUUUCAAGUGGAGAAAGUGCUUAAAGAUGGCUUGCAGGGCACUAUUAUGAACGAGCUGUUCACUGCAUACGUUAACGAGCAUCAGCUAGAUAGUCCUCUCGCGUUACCAGAAACCUUUCAAAUAGGAUCCGUGCACAAAGCUCGUAUACUUUAUGUAAUGCCGCUAACGAAACUUGUCUACUUAACCUUAAAUCUUCGCAAUUUGUCAGAAGAAAAUACUAGCGCAUCGGAGAUAGAGUUGUUGAAACGAGGCGAUAUUGUCGAAGACGCCCGAGUACAUCAUUUCGGGACUGGCGGCGUUAUAUUCAUUUUAAAUGAGAAAUUUAAAGGUGUCGUUUCUUACAAAACAAUCAAGGCUAAUUAUAAAGGCAAUUAUGAUCAGGAUGCAUUACUCGCAAAAUAUGUCAAGAAAUCGCAACACAAAGUAAGGAUUUUAGAGUACGAUGCCAUGGAUUCCCUAUAUACGUGUACGGACGAUAUAAGCCUGAUUAAUGAAAAAUUCUUUACACUGCAAGAUGUGAAAGCAGGCGAAUUUGUCAAAGCAAUUGUGGAAACACCGGACACUAAAAUGGGUGGUUAUAGGCUUAAAGUGGGCAAAUUGAAAGGCGCAAUCGAAAACAUUUAUUUAGCUGCCACCAGCAAAACUCUUGAUAGUGAUACAAAAAUGAAAUGCCGAGUUGUUGGGAUAAACACUGAUCGUAAUAUCAUCUAUCUUACCAAUCGACCGGAAUAUAUGGCAAAAAAUUGCAGGCUGUUAACCUCACUGGCUCAGGCAAAGAUUAACGCCACCUACAUGGGCACAGUUGUUAAGAUCACUAAAGGAGUUUCUGUUUUGGUAAAGUUUUUCGGGGAAGUUAAAGGAAUUCUCUACAAAGACAAGGACACUUCAACAGAUGAAAUUGAUAGCUUGGUGGAAGGUCAGACUAUGUUAUUUCGUGUUGCUAAGGUAAAGGGAGAGCAAUUAGUUUUACGCCUCGCAAGCAAUUUACUACUAAAUCCAGGCGAGAUAUGCCCGGUCACUGUUGUGCACGUAUUGGAAUCAGGAUUAGAAGUUCAAAUGGUUUACAACUGUGAAGACGGCAGCGAAUGCACCGCAAAGGGUCUCGUGCCCACAACUUUUUUAUCAGAUUUCAGAGAUUUGACGUUGGCUAAGCUGAAAACAUAUAAUAUUGGCGAAGCAUUGCAAGCUGUCUGCAUUUCGGGCAAUGUAUUUAGUGUAAGAGAUGCGGGUUACUAUGCUCAAAGUGCAAUCAAUAAAUGGCAAGACAUUAAACCAGGAAAUAUAUUAAAAGCCUACGUUAAGAACGUUGUCGAUGAAAACGUUAUAGAGAUAUGUAUGCUAACAGCUGGCUGUAAAGAACCAAUUAAAUUGCAUUCCGACAUGAUGCUUGUCAAAGCCUUUAAUUUGCAUAAACUUACCCUCUCAUCGGAACAAGUUCUUUACGCCCGGGUGCUGGGAAAGGAAAAUAUUACUAAAGCAAUUUCUGUUUCGGCGAAAUUAACCGAUGUUUUAGAAGAUUGCUUGGAUGAGUCGGCAAAAUAUGUAGAAAGUUACUUGAAAGAGGUGGAUGCAAUAAAAGCUGCUUUGAGAACGAACGAGCAUACUAUUUCCCAGUUUUCCAUUGGCGAUAAGAUUACUGCAGAGUUUCAAUGUGUUAAUGACGUCACAAAAGAUUGGGAAUUUGUUUUAGAUAAAACUGAAGUUAUAGGUCUUGUUAAGGCAACUAUAGUCGGUAAAGCAAAGAUUCCAAAACCCGGUACCCAGCAGAACUGCAUUAUCCUUUGGAUUGAUUAUAGUAGAAAUAUAAUAUAUUUGAGUAAUAAAGCGUCGGAUAUAAAUCACAUAUCUAAUGAUCAAAAUAUACCGAGUAACCUGGUGGGAAAGUCUGGAAUCAAUGCCAAAGUGUUACUAAAACUGGACACGAUCCUGAUUUGUUCUCUAAAAAAAUUGAAUAAUCCACUGAUAUACUGUCCGGCUCGUUUGCAUUUCAAUGAUUUUGAGGAGGUCUGCGCGAACAGUGUGGCAGAGGGAAGCUUCUAUCGACUUUCGUUUAUACAUAAGACUUUGCCAAUUGCAGUUCCUGAUGAUAUUUAUAAGGCGUGCCAUGUGCCCAAAGCUAAAAAACGCAAACUAACGCAAGAUAACGUUAAAGCAACAACAUUGAAAAUAGCAAGAAUGGAAAACUCCUUAGAAAAAGGCGAACCGGCGUUAAGUAAGAAAAAAUCUCAACAAGCGAUCAAAUCCAGUAAUGAUUGUCAUCAAAUGCAAAAUAGUGAAAUUGAUCAACAAGUAACAAACGAAGAUAACAAUGAAGAAGGAAGUGCGCUUUCCACAAAUGAUUUGAGUAAAAGGAAAAAAGUAACUAAAGAACCAAUGAAAAGUAAUGUUUCUGGUCCAACGAAGGACAUAGACGCAGCAAGUAAGAAGCGGUCGCAAUAUCGAACAGAUUCUAAAGAACGAGUUAAGAAAAUGAAAGAGGAAGUGCCUUUAUUUUACGAGGAUAAAACGCCAACUCUUGAUGACCAUUCGAGUCAAACAGGGUUUCCCGUGUUCGCUGAUGAUGCACGGAACAACAAGACCAAAGAAAGAAUGACGUCAACAAUUAGGAUAAAACCCCUACCAGGAGUCGUAGACUUUUGGGACCUGUCAAAGAGUAACGACUUUGUAGAGCCAUCUGACAGCGAAGAUGACGACGAUGACAAUGACGACAACAAGAAGCCAACUAAGAAAAAGAAACUGACUGCUGCUGAAAAGUUUAAAAAACAACGCGAAGAAGAAGCCCGUUUACGAAACAUUGAAGAAAAAUAUGCCGAUCCAAACCAUAUGCCUGAGACAGUCGACCAGUUUGAUCGUUUAGUUUUGUCUGAGCCAGACAAUAGUAAACACUGGAUAAAUUAUAUGGUCUUUCAUAUGCAGUCUUUUGAAAUUGACAAAUCUCGUGCAGUCGCCCGACGAGCUCUGAAAACUAUUUCCUUUAGAAAUUCCAACGAACAGAUAAAUAUGUGGGUUGCACUUUUAAAUUUGGAACUCAGGUACGGGUCUAAAGAAUCUUUCGAUGAUACUUUCAAAGAUGCUCUUACCUACAAUGAUCCAAUUAAAAUUUACUUACGUGCGCUCGAUAUACUAAUUGAUUUGCAAAAACAUGAAGAACUUACCGGAAUGGUUAGCGUCAUAACAAAGAAAUUCAAAUCUGUGCCAGAAGCGUGGCGUUCCGCUGCUAACGCCUUAUUUGCCAUAGGAAUGGUGGAAAGAGCUCAACAGUUGCUGCAUAAGGCAUUGAGUAGUUUGCCAGAGCGAGAACAUGUAAACACGAUCAUUAUGUUUGCGAAUCUGAACCAAAAAUAUGGGCGAAGUGAAAUGGCUCAGACUCUGCUUGAUCAGAUCGUUACUUCAUAUCCCAAACGAGUGGAUGUUUGGUCGCAGUAUGUCGAUGUAUUAAUUAAAGAAAAUCUUAUCGAUUGUGCUCGAAACGUCCUAGAGCGCGCGAUAAUUCAGAAAAUACCGUUGAAGAAAAUGCGCACUAUAUUCAAAAAGUACUUGGAAUUUGAGCAAAAUUAUGGAACAGAGGCGAAUGUUCAGAGAGUUAAACAGCUGGCCGUUGAUUAUGUUAAGAAAAAUCAACAUCUUUAACUUAAGUCAAAUUGAAGUUUAGUUUACGUUCAUUGUUAUCACCGAUUCGAUUUCAAAAUGCACAUCUAAGUACUAAGUAAAGCUUUUAAAAUCUUAAUUAAUA